AUGAAGCCAAUUAACAUUAUGAGUCUGGUGAACAUCAAGUGUGAAAAAAGGCAGCGCGGGGAGGCUGAGCGGGCUGGAGAGAGCUUCGCAAAGACAGCUGCCCGUUGGCGCGGCUCCGCCAAGGCCCGCGGCUGCCCCGACGCCGGCAGCUGCCGCCGCGCCGUUCCAGCCCGUUCGGCCGCCGCCGCCUCAGCCGCCGCUUCCGCCGCCGCCUGCAGCGCCCAGCCCGGGCCCGGCAUGUUCUACUUCCACUGUCCCCCGCCGCUGGAGGCGGGCCUUUCUCCCGGCUCAGGUGCCACGGCCUUCGGCGGGCCCUCCACGGCGGACUUCGAGGACGGCUUUCUCCGUCGGAAGCAGCGUCGGAACCGGACCACCUUCACGCUCCAGCAGCUGGAGGCGCUGGAGGCAGUGUUCGCCCAGACUCACUACCCGGACGUCUUCACCAGGGAAGAGCUGGCCAUGAAGAUCAACCUGACCGAGGCCCGCGUGCAGGUCUGGUUCCAGAACAGAAGAGCUAAAUGGAGGAAAACAGAGAGAGGAUCUUCUGAUCAAGAAGGUUCUAAGGAGGCUGUGACAGAACUGACACCCCCUGGAAGAAAUUUAAGCUCCCCCUCCCCCGUUGAUCAACCUAGGAAUAAGAAAGAGAGCCUGGACCUUCAGCAGAGCCUCAGCAGAGCAGUUGGUCCUUCUGGAUCUUUCUUCCCUUCCUGUCUACCAGGGGCCCUCCUCAACUCAGCGACGUAUGCCCAAGCCUUGUCACAAGUGGCCUCCCUCAAAGGUGGCCCCUUGUGCUCCUGCUGCGUCCCUGACCACGUGGGCCUCUCCUUCCUCCCCACCUAUGGCUGUCAGAGCAAUCGCACGGCUAGCGUGGCAGCCCUGCGCAUGAAGGCCCGGGAGCACUCGGAAGCAGUCCUGCAGUCUGCCAACCUUCUGGCCCCUGGUGGCAGCCCCAGCCCCAGCCCGGCCUCUGGGCCGAAGUCAGCCUCUGAGAAUGUCUUGGACAACAAGCCCCCUUUGACCAUGGAGCACAAGGAAAGCGAGAAGAGUGUUUGAGAGCCCACCGUCCAGGCCAUGGGGAUCCCUCGCGCCCUCCAAAGCCAAAUGAAGUCCAGCUCCUCAGGGGAAGACUCAGUCGCUGCAAAUUAGCAAGACGUGGGCGCUCACUUGUUUUGGCCAUCUCUGAUCGGUAGCUUCCCUCCCCUCAGGUUCCUUACCGUUCUCACUAAAUCUGUCGGCACCUUCUGCCAUUAGCUCGUCUGAAAGAGGAAUUAGAUCAGGGGAUCUUCCCUGUGGAGGAAGACAGAAGGACGUUUUCCAACGCCUCCUCUUCAUGUAGCGCCCGGGAGCCUCUUCAUUAAGGAAAACUGCAUAGAAACACGCUGGCAUUUCACAUGGCAGAACCUGAGAUUAUGAGGACAUUAUAAGCAUGGUUUAGGAGGCUUGGAUGUGCUGAUUGACCCAGGCACUUGGGCAAUGAUCUGUAAUGUGCAGAAAAGGAAGCCAAAAUCACGUACCUGCUAAUAGGCUUAGCUUUAUUAUACCAAUGAUACCGAAUUACUGUCCAGGCCCAGGAGAGAGGGAACAUACCGAAUCUGCAUUAUAGGAAUCAGAGACAGCUUCAUGAAACCAUCUCCCUUCCUUUAGAACCACAAGGGCAUCAGCCGUGGCAUCUAGUAAGGGUCCAGCUAAUGAACAUUUGGGUGAUGAUCCCAGCCCUUACAUGUAUAGUGUAAUCUUUCUGAAAGAUUUUAUGGGUACAGGGACAUUUUUUUUAAGCUUGCAUCAUUUGGAAAAACAAACACCUUAGGCCAGACUGUAAAUUAUAUCUAAUUUUGGGUCAUUGGCAGUGCAAUUCCGUAAACAUCUUUUCAGAAAUAAGUUUCACUGAAUUCGGUGGAGUUUCCUUCUAGGUAAGUGGCUAUAGGAUUAUAAUCAAAAGUGUUUUGCACAUGAAUCAGUUCUCGGAUCACCUCUUUGACGAAGAGGCCUUGCUUUGCUUUCUUAGUCUGUGUGCUUCCCGUAUCAAGAACCCUUUUUCAAUUUAUUCUGAUUCUUGCUGCAGCAAACUGUAAAUUUCACAGUAACGUAUCUGUUCUGUCUCGAGAUAUAUACAGCAAAUACUGUAUAUUCUUGCUUUGACAACUGAGAGGCUUAAGACAAAAACAUCCUUCUUGUCUGCAGAGGAAGAAAAGCCACUGGAACAAUCACCUUCAACCAAAGUUUGAUUCAUGAUUGUAAUUAAUUAGAUCCUGUGGUGUUGCAAUUUUUCUAGAUCAGAUCCUGCAUUGUCCCGAUUCCUCUCUGGAAGUCUUCUGAAACCACACACCCUUUUUGUAGGAGUCAUCCAUUAAUGUGAAGGCGUGCCUUCUCUUCCGCCCUGGCAAGGACUGGCGGGUGUUUGGAGCAGCUCCCCCGGGGCCUGUGCCUCUGCCUAUGGCGGCUUAACACCACAGCUCCCCAUCGCAGAUACACCCGGCACCCUUCUAACUCCCGUGGCUGGUUGCGGUGCCAGAAGCGAAAGUAGGCCUCAUUGAACUAAAAUGGCCCUGAAUAUAUGAGCCAGAGAUGAAGAGACUCUAUAAAUAACAGAGAUGUUUCCCCAACUGACAGGAUACCUGCAUUUCUUCAAAUAGUUUGGUGACUGGGAGAAUGUAUGAAUAUGUAGCAAUCACGUGCCCAGAGCCUUUCUCCAGAACAAGGCAGAAGCGUCGUUCUGAGCUGUCUUCUUUACAAUGAUGACAAACAGCCCUGCGGUGCUGUCUUUGUCCAGAGGAAGGGAGAGGCCAGUGAUCCCGCCUACCUCCCCCUCCCCAAACUGCAAAAGGAUUGUUUAUUCUCUGUACACUUGAUCCAGAUUGACCUUUCUGUUGAUCUCUUUGAUUCAC